AUGCUUGCAUCCAAUGCUCCAAUUGAAAUCAUCCACGCUUCUCCGGAGACAAUAGCAGCCAUGAUACCAAAAUCAGAAGCUGAAGAUGAACAAUCUGUGGUGGCACACGCAGAAGCUUUAAUUGCCCAGAGCACAGCUUCUGGUACUCCAACCCUACAAAGUCUUUUAGCAGCACCAGUGACCAAUAAUCAAAUUCAGAUAAUUACAGUUGCAUCUCCUUCAGAACUAUUAUCUUCUAACCAAGUGGAUGGCAUAGAUAAAGUCUGGCAAGUUGUACCCAGUUCUGUAAAUCCUGAAGUUGCCACAAUUAUUGCAGUUAAUGCAAAUGACUUUGAAGUCAAAGGAGAUGUAACAGAUGUUGAACAACUGGAAAAUACUGACAAUGAGUCGAAUGAAGUGUCUGUUGGUUUAAAUGGAUCUGAAUCUACUAUGAUGCUGGUUUCUCCCGUCCCUCAGCCAUCUCCACAGCCCUGCCAUACACUGCCCCCAAACUGCCCCUCCUGGGCUGCACGUCUCAAGAAUUGCCAAGUAAUUGGUAACUCUUAUCGUGGUUAUGUUGACAGUGAAGCAGAAGUUGACCUUCUGCUAACCUAUCACAAGCAAGAGACUCACAGCUUUUGGGGAACCCGACAAUCCCCCAGCCCUGCUAAGCCCUCAACACGUCUUAUGUGGAAAUCACAGUAUGUGCCAUUUGAUGGAAUUCCAUUCAUCAACUCAGGAAGCCGAGCCAUUGUAAUGGAGUGCCAAUUUGGACCUCGAAGGAAAGGAAAUUUGAACAAAAAGCAACAAGAAGAAACAUUAAAAAAAACAGAAUAUCGACAAACUUGUCCAGCCAGAAUUUACAUUAAGAAGGUCAAGAAAUUUCCUGACUUUGCAGUGGAUAUGACAUUGGAUAAAAAAUCCUUAAAAAUAUCGAUGGACAAAAGUUUCCAAGAUUUAAAAUCAGCUGACCUUGCUAUUGGACAAGAAAGGUAUUAUGUACAGUUGCCAACGGAAAAUGCUCAUCAGUUUCAUGGGGAAAUGCCCUGUGAAUUAUCAUCUUCACCCCAGCAUGAAUCGGAAGGGUUGUCAAAUGAUGGAAGCUCCUCUUCACAACUUGAUCCAAGGGUCCACAAUAAAAUCAGAAGUUUGGUGGCUGCAGGAGAGACACGCGUGUAUGCAAUUCGAAAGCAACUCAGGAAUUUUGUGACCAAAGAAUUGUACCCUUCUAACGAGUCUUGCCCUGAGCGCCACGAUCUUACCCUGUUCCCAACAGUGAAUGAUUUGAAAAAUCGCAUCCACCAGGCUUUCAAGGAUCUGGAGAGUGGGAAAUUAGCCAGAGUUUUUCCAUCACCAUUGAAGCUGGAAGUUAUUGACAAUGAACUCAGUAGUUCACAGAAUGACGAAAGGAGUUGUGAUCUUUCUCAGUUGGAUACUUCUAAUAUAUGGCAAAUUGCUGGUCCUACAACUUCAUCUACAUCUACCACCAGCAGUGCAGGAGCUGUUCCAGAAACAGUGACUGUCACCCUUACCCAAAAUGCAGGAGAAGAUGGCCAACAUGUGAUAUCCCGAAUAGAGACUCACCUGAGUGAUGGCACCACUCAAGUAUCAACUACUCUAACACCUGAGACUGCCCAACUCCUGUCUAAAUUACAUCCAGGAUUGAUAUCUACAGGAAAUUUUAUGCAGUUGCCAGCAGUUCAACCAAAUUUGGUUUCAAGUGAAGCAGUUGCAUCAAACAAUUCUACCCUUGAAGAAGAAACUCAGAUGGAUGUUGAUACCAGCAACCAGCAUGAAGCAGAAAUGGUUGUACCUCAUCCUAGUCUUGAACAAGAUUCAGUGACCACUCUACAGAUUAUGUCUGCGGGUAGUUCAGAGUAUUUACAAACAGCCAAUGGCACACACCAGAUUGUUGAAACUGCCCAACUUGUUGACAGUAGUCACCUUGUGACCUCAGAUGCAUCACAAAUUGUUCAAGGCACUCAUAUACUACAAGGAGACAGUACAACAAUAGUCCAAGCAAAUAAUGUACAGUUGCUGCCAUCAGGAAUGGCUGCCCAAAUUAUUGCUGCUGAAAAUGGAGAUGCUACAGGACAACAACUCAUUACUGUUGCUGUUAAUCCAGGUGAACUUGUUCAGAUUUCAAAUGAGCCACCAUCACCAUCAUCUGGAAAGAAAAAAAAGACAACUACUUUUUUUUUUGUUUUCAAAGCUUCUUUACUUUUCUAUCUUAAAUGCUUCUUACUUCCCACAUUUCUUUUUUUAUGCUUUCUUUCAUUCUCUUCUUCCCUACACUACUUACUUCCUCUCAUCUUUUCCUUGAUAAGUUUCUCUAUCUCUCACAACUCUCUAAUGACUUUUUCUCCUAAGAACAAUACUCACUCCCUCUCCUGGAAGCAUCUUCUCUCUCUUAUUUAUCUUUCUCUCUCUCUUUCUCUCUCUCUCUCUCUCUCAUUCCAUGUCAACAAUCCUUCCUGCAUUUCUCUUAAUAUUUGUUUUUCCUUUUUCAGUUCCUUCUUCUCUUCAAAAUCUCUCACUCUUUUGGAUUUUUCUUCCUCUGUUUUUAAAUCUUUCUCCAAUUCUUCUCUCAUUCUCUUUCCUCAAAUCAAUUUCAUCUUUUCUUUCUUUUCUUCAAAUUCUUUUUCUUCAAUCUCUACUUUUCAUUAUUUUCUUUCAUAA